AUGUCUCUCGCGAGGACGCUGACCUUCUUCGUGGUGGACAUCUCGCCCUCCAUGGGACGCACACGGACCGUCGUCGAGGAGUUCUUCGACAGCAAAGGAGAGGUGGAGCAGAGGGAGAGGACGGUGACCAAUCUGGAGUGGUGUCUGGAGUUUGUCAGCCGCAAGACGCAGGCACUGAUCUUCUCCGGCCUCAAGACUGCAACGAUGGGUCUGAUGACUUUCGGGUCGACGCGGACGAACAAUGCCAUUGUUGAUGCGGACAACGCCGACGAUGCCGCCAAUGAAGGCUAUGCCGGUAUCGAUGAGAUAGCCCAGCUUGGACAGCCGACUGUGGCUACUUUGGAGCUUCUGAGGCUGUUACGAGCUUGUGGAGAAGACGAGGGAGGACACGAUGCAGAUCCUCUCGAUGCGCUCAUCUGUGCCCUCACUUCGUUGUCCGACAAGAACAGGGGAGGUCAGAGUGCUUCCGCGAAGAGCUACAAGAAGACAAUAUACCUGAUCACGGACGCACGGCAUCGCAUGAACAAGGACUCAGUAGAUGCUAUUGCGACGAAGAUCAGGGACGAGCGUGUCAGCCUGAGAGUCAUUGGAGUUGACUUCGAUGACGAAGAAUUUGGCUUCAAGGAGCCGAAGAAGGACACAGUCAAGGCAGAGAAUGAAGCGUGGUGGCAUAGCUGGUUGACAGACUUGCCAGAGUCUCGCAUUGCUACAGCCGCACAUGCUAUUGAGCAAGCGACAUUGCCCAACGUCCAGAUGCAGGGCUCUGCUCCGUACUCAAGCGCCCUAACAUUCGGCGAUCCGGACAACCGUUAUUCGACCGGAGGAGUUAUGCAUAUCCCGAUCAAGAUGUACAAGCUGACAACACGAGUCUUGCCAAUGGCAAGGAAGACGAUGAGCAAAUUGGCAGAGCAAGCGGUCAUUGCUCGGCAAGGCAACGGUGCGUCUCCAGGUCACCGACAGACCGACGUGGUCCCCAGCUCGACCCCUAUGCUGUCAUCAACGGACGUGUCUGAUGGUUUGACCAAUACGUAUCUGGUGGACACACGGCGUCUCUACUUCCUUGCUGAAGAAGCUAAAGAGCACGGUACAGAACAUGCAGAGGCGCUGCCAGAGGGCGCUGAGAAUUCUUUCAGCAAGGCGUACAAAUUGGGAGCGAGCGUGAUUCCUAUCACGUCAGAUCUAGACAUCCAGUGGGAGAGUAAAUCUGGGCUGGAGAUCAUUCAUUGGGUGAAAGAAUCGACCUUUCGGCGGCAGUACCUCUUGGCCGACAUCUGGAAUAUCUUUGCCGAUGCCAUCAACUCGCAAGCACAGGUGCAGCUCAGCAGCCUUUCUAUGGCGAUGAAAGCGCAAGGCAAGUAUGCCCUUGUCCGCUUUGUACGGAGGGCCAAUGCAGAGCCAAAGCUCGGAGUCCUUCAUCCAGUGACGCGAUCUGAUGAGGAUACCGCUGCCGACUACUUCCACUUUUCUGAGAUCCCUUUCUCCGACGAUCUCAAGCGCUACACCUUUCCAUCUCUCGAUCGUGUGAUUACCGCCGAUGGAAAAGUCUUGAAAGAUCAUCGGACUCUGCCGACGGACAAGAUGGUCUCGGCCAUGGAAGGUCUGAUCGACAGCAUGGACUUGAUGCACGCCUUCAAGGACGAAGAAGGGCAAGGGCAAGCCUGGUUCUCCACAGAAGACUCCUUCAAUCCAGCCAUCCAUCGUAUGAAGGAGGCGGUAGCGUAUCGUGUGAUGCAUCCAGAUAGCAAAGACCUACCCCGCCCUCACUGGGAAGUAGACAAGUUCCUCGAUCGCCCCGGAGAGAUUCGAGAAGCCAGUGAGCCCUGGGCGGACAAGUGCAAGAAGGCCUUCAUGAUCCGCUACUACCCGGACAAGUCGCUUGCGAAAGUCAAGCAGAAGCGCGAACGAGAUGCGGCGGCCCAUGCCAAGCGCACAGACGCUCGCUACGAGCUCGACCUUGGUCAAGCGGGUGCAGAUAGUGGGGACGAGGCGGAAGGGCAAAACGAUGCAGGUGCCGAGAAGGGCCCCGCAACUUCUGAUGAACAGAAGCGCUUCAAGAAUUCACAAGGACAGUCGCAGCCUGUCAAGGGCAAGCUCAUCGACGAAGACGAGGGCGAUGAAUCAGAAGAGGAGGAUAUGCUUGCUCCGCGAAGGAAGACCAGAGACGUGAAGGAAGAGCCGGAUCUCACUCAAAAGACUCCAGAGAAAAAGGGACAGCCUUCAGGUGGGGCCGACGGCGGAGAGACAAAUGGCAAGGACGGUGAGCAGGAGGACGAAGAAGAUGGAGAGGCGCCCGAAUCUAGCAUCAAGAUCCUCGAGUCGGAUCCUGUGGGCUCCUUCCUCUUCCACCUCGAGGAUCCCAAGAUGGAUCAAGGCGCAGUGCUUCGCGCACUCCAGAAGAGCGUCCUCUCCCUCAUCUCCUCUUCUUCCGUCAAGAAAGACGCUGCCCGCAAGGCGCACGAGGCUCUUCGAGCAGGCAAGAAAGCAGCGGCAGAGUACGACGAGGCAGAGGAGUGGAACGCCUUUGUCAGGGGAUUCAAGUCGGCCGCCACCAGCAGCACUAGCUCAGGCGUGGCUCUGCCUGAGGAGGGCGCAUUGGCCUAUCUUCCCGAAUUGCGGGCAAGCGAGGAGAUGAGAGCCUUUUGGCAGAACUACUGUGUAGGGGACACAUCGAUCGGACUGAUUACCAAGGAAGAGGAUGAAGGGCUACGCAGUCGCGUCGAGCAGCAAGAGGCUCAAGAGUUUGUGAGCUCGUGA